GAUAUCCACUGUAUCAUCAAAACGUCAGAAAUUCAAAUCUGUUCGGUGGGAAUUUGUGUUUUUAUAUUAAAUUUAAUCGUGUUCUUUCAAUUUGUUAUUGUUUAACUAUGGCCUCAGGUAUUUCUACAGAGUGCAACAGCCUACUGAAAAAAUGUCAAUACCUUGCGCUAUGUCUCAUUGAUGCACUGGAAGAUGAGAAUUACAGUUGUUUGGAGAUCCUGUUGAAGACUCAUCAAGCAAAUCCCAACGUCAUUGUCGAGUCAAAGGAUUACGCACCAGUCCAUUUGGUUUGCGGAUUAGAAAACAAAGAUUUUGCCUAUCGGGCUGCUCAAUUAAUAUUUGAAGAAUUUAACGGUGAUCCAAACUUGAGGGGAUUUGAUAUCAGAGUCACUCCGAUGCACAUUGCAGCCUGUAAGGGAUACACAGAAAUCUUUGAAUUGAUGCUCAAACGAGGAGGUGACAUUGAGGUGGAGGAUGUGGAUGGCGUGACACCAUUAAUUUAUGCCGUGCAGGAAAAACAAUACGAUGUCGUAAUGGUGGCCAACAUCUUCUUACUGGAACAGAAGAAGGAACGGAAGCGUAGGGAGAUUGAGGAAAAGCGAUUUCUCUCGCCACAUGUCCACAAUCGCAUCACUAAGACCCCACAGGGAGUACCAACGAAUACAGACCCAUCAAGUCCCUACUACAUCUACAUUACCCAUCGCCGGAAGAUGCCCAAUGAUUCUAAACUUUUCUCACCACGGUCAGAUGCUACAAAGCAAGAGAAUGAGAACAAGGAGAAUACAUUUCUUACUCCUGUAACACCAAAGAAAGUCAACCUCUUUGAAUUGACACAAUCGAAUCUUGAGGAAUAUUCCAAGCUAUUUACGAGGAACUCAAACAAGCAAUCCCUUAUUGAGUCUUGGCGUGAAAAGGUGAUAUACUCUAGUAGCCGAGGAUCCCUCACGCGAAAUAUUAAAGAGAUGGAGAGAAUUAUCACGGGUUUUGAUGAAACCACCGAUGCAUCUUUAAACUCCUCUGCCUUUUUCACUGCCAACCCCAACAAUACUUCUGUUGACGAUUCCAAACUCAUCCGACGUUCCCCACGAAAUUCUGCAGAGUCCGGAAUGCAGCUUAUGGAGGCAUAUAAGCAUCAAGAUGAAGAGAAUCACAUUCAGUUCUAUGAAUUUAAAUUUCAUCCAAUUCAAGGAACUUUACCAAAAUCAAGGAAUGCGGAUGAGAACGUCAACACAAGCCUCUCUACCAUCCUACAAAUUCCCACUGAGUACGAGACAGAUGUUCUACGGGCAGACCUUACGGCAUUCGGUGAUCCCCCUGGUCCAAUAACGAAAACCACCAAGAAGCUCUACUUGAAGAAACUAAUGGAGUAUAAGCAGCAGCCUCAGUUAGCAGAAUCCGCGCAAAUGAAAAAGACCAAAUUACCUAAUUUUUCAGUUGAACUCUUGAACAGCCUCACAAUGAAGGAGUUCAACAUCCACCUAACACAGUACUUAAAGUGGGAACAAGAGAUGGCACAACAUUUUCGCGAAUCAACAAAGAAAUGGCGCGAAGGAAACUUAAAAAAGAGCUUCAUUUACUUCCUCAUCGAUCCACGCAUUUCGCGUAAUCUUCCCGCCAUGAUUUCUUCCAUGGCAAUCGAAGAAGUCUGGUUGCGUUUUCUGCAGUCUAUCUUUUACGUGGGGAAAGGCAAAAGCAGUCGUCCCUAUGCUCAUCUAUACGAUGCCAUUAAACAAUUCGAGGUGUUCUACUUAAAGCAGAGUGAACAGCGGGAUGGCGUCCUUAACAAGAAGUUCAAUCGAAUAAUGGACAUUUGGGAUUGUGAAAAGGGCGUUGUGUGCCUCCAUGUGUUCCACAACAUCAUCCCCGUGGAGGCAUAUACACGAGAAGCUGCCAUUAUUGAUUGCCUUGGCUUGCAACAUUUAACAAAUCUAAAGCGCGGAGAAUAUUAUGGCAUUACAACGGGAUGGUCAAUGAGGAAGAAGAAGCAAAUGGCAAUUGGGUUGCUUUUCAAGGCACUACAAGUCUAUUUGGCCGAAGGGGAAAGUCAGCUAAGCCCUCGAGAUCUUCUUUAAUCAAAGGAGCCCAUGCGCUUGAUAUGGGCGAAGUACCUAAUUGAAGGAAACGCAGAAAACAAUUUUAACCCACCCAGUCUUGUAGGGAAUCAAAAAAGGAUAAAGAAUCGCCAAAAAUAUUCACCAUUUUCCACUGGGGUCACAACGAAAAAAGGCAAUAAAGUUUUGUAAAAAUUCAAAAAAA